AUGAAAUUAUCGAUUGUCGGUUUAUUGGCCGCGAUUUCGGUAUCAGAGGCUGUUCAUGUUCCCUUCUUUGACUCGGCAGCUGCGGCAGCUCGUCAACAAGUUAAAUUGGGUUUUGACUUCGAUCGGGUCACUGAAGGGUAUCAGAACUUGAUUGAUAAAAUCGACUCCAGUACUUCUUCAGUUGUGGAAACCAUUGCCAAAUACAUGGAAGAGCCCGUGUCUGGCGUCACCAGCGAUACCAAGAAAUUGUGGUCGGAAAUGAUGUUGCAAUUUCCAGAGGCAGUUGCAAAGUUGAACUUCAAGUCGCUUCCCAAGAAGUCCACUCCUCAGCAAUUCGACUUCCAUGUCACGGAUGCCAAGGUGCCCAACCACCGUUUGAGAGUGAAGUCGACUCCGGAAGAUUUGGGCGUUGAUACCGUGAAACAAUACACUGGUUACUUGGACGUGGACGAUGAAGAUAAGCACUUUUUCUACUGGUUUUUCGAGUCACGCAAUGACCCCAAAAACGACCCGGUUAUCUUGUGGUUGAACGGUGGUCCAGGUUGCUCUUCUCUUACUGGAUUGUUCUUCGAGUUGGGUUCUUCGUCUGUGGGUCCUGGCUUGAAACCAAUCUACAACCCUCACUCUUGGAACAGCAAUGCUUCGGUCAUCUUCCUUGACCAGCCCGUCAAUGUCGGCUACUCGUACUCGUCAGCUCUGGUCUCCGACACCAUUGCUGCCGGUAAGGAUGUGUACGCAUUCUUGGAAUUGUUCUACAAACAAUUCCCCGACUAUUUGAACCUUCCCUUCCACAUUGCUGGUGAGUCUUACGCCGGCCACUAUAUCCCUGCGUUUGCAUCCGAGAUCUUGUCGCACGAAGACCGUAGCUUCAACUUGACUUCGGUCUUGAUUGGAAACGGCUUGACCGAUCCUUUGACCCAAUACGAAUACUACGAGCCAAUGGCUUGUGGACAGGGUGGCGAGCCUUCCGUGUUGGAACCAGAAGAGUGCGAGGCCAUGUCCAAUGCGGUGCCUAGAUGUCAGAGCUUGAUCCAAUCAUGUUACGACUCUAGUUCCGUGUGGCUGUGUGUUCCCGCUACCAUCUACUGUAACAACGCCGAAAUGGGACCUUACCAACGUUCCGGUCGUAACGUGUACGAUAUCCGGACCAUGUGCGAGGGCGGCAACUUGUGCUACCCAGCUUUGGAGGAUAUUGAAAAGUACUUGAAUUUGGAUGAGGUGAAAAAAGCCGUGGGUGCCGAGGUCGACACCUAUCAAUCGUGCAACUUUGAUGUCAACAGAAACUUCCAAUUUGCUGGCGACUGGAUGAAGCCACACUACAAGGCUGUGGUUGACCUUUUGGAGGCAGACUUGCCGGUGUUGAUCUACGCUGGUGACAAGGACUUUAUUUGCAACUGGUUGGGUAACGAGGCAUGGACUAAAAGAUUAGAAUGGUCCGGAAAGGACAAGUUCUCCUCUGCUCCAAUGGAACCUUGGACUGUAGGAAAAAAGCAAGUUGGUGAGGUGAGAAACCACAAACACUUUACCUUCUUGCGUGUCUACGGAGGAGGUCACAUGGUUCCAUAUGACCAGCCAGAGAGCUCGUUGGCCAUGGUCAACGAAUGGAUCGGAGGAAACUACAAGUUCUAG